CAUCUUUACCACCACAUUGUACCACAAAGAAAUACAACUCUAUGUGGAUUCCAAAGAGGCUAAAAAGAAAAAGUUCAUUAAACCUCAGGUUGCCCACUAAACGUGAUGACAGCCACAGUUGCAGUGGAAAUACACAAAAAAUGGAGAAUUCCUCUAAAGAAGAGAAGCAGCAGCCUAAGCAAGAUAGCAAGGAGCAAGGAAAUGCUGAUUUUGAAGAAUGGAUAAACUCUGAGAGUGAUCUUGAACAGAUGAACCUUAAGAAUGACAACAGUUUCCACCCUGGAGACAUUCAGCUAAAAAAAAAGGAGAUUCCAUUUAAGUCACACCGGCAGCUCUGUAGAUCACCUUGUCUAGAUCGUCCAAGUUUCUCCCAGAGCAGCAUUGUAAGGGAUGGGAAGCUUGACCUGGAAAAGCAAUACCAAGCUAAGAUGGAUUUUGCUCUAAAGCUGGGUUAUUCAGAGGAACAGAUUCAAUCAGUGCUGAACAAACUGGGCCCAGAAUCACUUAUUAAUGAUGUAUUGGCAGAGCUUGUCAGACUUGGGAGCAAAGGUGAUUCAGAAGGGCAAGUCAACAUGAAUCUGUUUGUGCCUCAGUGGCCCAGCUCAAGAGAGAUUGAAAGCCCUGAGAUGUUUCUUGAAAAUGAAAUAGAUGACUGUGACAAUUUAAGGCCAAUUGUCAUUGAUGGAAGUAAUGUGGCAAUGAGCCAUGGGAAUAAAGAGGAGUUCUCCUGCAGAGGAAUACAACUUGCUGUGGAUUGGUUUCUAGAUAAAGGCCAUAAAAAUAUUACUGUAUUUGUGCCUGCUUGGAGAAAGGAGCAAUCCCGCCCUGAUGCACCAAUUACAGAUCAAGAUAUCCUACGUAAGCUGGAAAAGGAAAAGAUUCUUGUCUUCACGCCAUCCAGAAGGGUCCAGGGCAGGAGAGUUGUCUGCUACGAUGACCGGUUCAUAGUUAAACUGGCUUUUGAUUCUGAUGGCAUCAUAGUAUCCAAUGAUAACUACCGAGACCUUCAAGUUGAAAAACCAGAAUGGAAGAAAUUUAUAGAGGAGCGGUUAUUAAUGUAUUCUUUCGUGAAUGACAAAUUUAUGCCUCCAGAUGAUCCUUUAGGGCGUCAUGGCCCAAGCCUUGAAAAUUUCUUAACAAAGAGACCUGUUGUUCCUGAGCACAAGAAGCAACCAUGCCCUUAUGGGAAAAAAUGCACCUAUGGCCACAAGUGCAAAUACUAUCAUCCAGAGCGGGCCAACCAACCCCAGCGUUCAGUGGCUGAUGAGCUCCGCAUCAGUGCCAAACUGUCCACGGUGAAAACCAUGAGUGAAGGUACCCUGGUCAAGGGUGGCACAGGGCUACCUAUUGCCAAAGGUGAGAUAACUUCAGAAGUCAAACAGGUGGCCCCCAAGCGCCAAUCAGAUCCCAGUAUUCGGUCUAUGGCUAUGGAACCUGAGGAAUGGAUGACUGUUGCCCAUAAACCUGAGGCAAGUUCUGUCCCCUCACUUGUCACGGCCCUAAGUGUCCCUACAUUCCAACCCCCCAAAAGCCAUGCAGUGGGUGCACUCAAUACCCGUUCGUCCAGCAGCCCAGUGCCAGGAUCCUCUAAUUUUUCCCACCAGAAGGCCUCUUUGGAGAACAUGGCCAGUAUUCAGUACCCUCCCAUCCUGAUAACCAACAGCCAUGGUCCCCCUAUUAGUUAUGCUGAGCAAUACCCAAAGUUUCAGUCCUUGGGGGACCAUGGCUACUAUUCAAUGUUAGGCGACUUCUCCAAACUGAAUAUUAACAGCAUACAUAAUCGAGAAUAUUACAUGGCUGAAGCAGACUGGGGUGUAUUUGCCCGGAACCCCAGUCUCUGCCCUGACAGCUGUAUGAGCCAUACCAGGAACGACAGCUAUUCCACUUAUAACAACCUGUACAUGACUGUAGCUGAUGCCCAUUCUGAAGGCAGUUUGAAACUGCAUUGUUCAGCAUCUCAAAACCGACUCCAGCCUUUUCCUCAUGGGUACCAUGAAGCCUUAACCCGGGUGCAAAGCUAUGGCCCAGAUGAUUCUAAACAAGCCCCCCACAAGCAGUCAUUUUCCCACUUAGUUCUGCAUGCCCAACAUUCAGUAACUGAAGCAUGCUCUUCUUGUGCUGGAGACUACCCCUUGCCUCCCAAUAUAUAUCCUGGUGCAACACCCCCCCAGGCAGGACGUGCUCUAGUGAUGACUAGGAUGGACAGCAUUUCUGACUCACGCCUUUAUGAGAGCAACCCCAUAAAGCAAAGACGACCUCCUCUGUGUCGGGAACAACAUGCCAGCUGGGACCCAGUGCAAUGUUCAACUGACUCCUAUGGCUACCACUCCCAUCCCUUGAGUCACAGUCUCAUGCAGCCAUGCUAUGAGCCAGUCAUGGUACGAAGCGUGCCAGAAAAGAUGGAGCAACUUUGGAGGAAUCCUUGGGUUGGAAUGUGCAAUGAUUCCAGGGAGCAUAUGAUCCCUGAGCACCAGUAUCAGACCUAUAAGAACCUCUGCAAUAUUUUUCCUUCAAAUAUUGUCCUUGCAGUGAUGGAGAAGAAUCCCCACACAGCAGAUGCUCAGCAGUUGGCAGCCUUGAUUGUUUCUAAGCUUAGGUCUGCACGUUGACAUGACACGACUUAUUCCUUUAUACAAAUAUGAAUAUUAAUACCAAUAAUGCACUAAUACUAUGUAACUAACAAUUUUGUG